UAGCGAACUACGCAACACCAGCAUUGGAUAUUUCGUCAUAACAACAUUGUGAUAGUGACAAAGAUCUUUCAGGACGUGAAAAGUGGGAGUGUUAUAUUACUUUUUGCUAUUGAAACCGUGAACUUGACCGCAGGCAGAUCUGUGCAUUGCUGUUUUUGUGAUAUUAUGACAUUGUUGCCACUAUUUGGAUAAUUCCACACAAGGAGUCCAAGUACGCCGCAAAUAUUUUCAACCACAGUGAAGAUCCGUGCGGACCGGGUCUCGUCCGCCGAAACAUGGUCGCCGAGUUUAUUCUGAGUCAGCAGCAGCUGCUAGGCAGCGGAGGAACCGCUCUGGGCCCCGCUCCGCCCGCCCCUCGCGCGCCGCUACCGCCGCGCGGCCGUCUUUCAGUGUCGCCGCAUUUCCCCAUGGACCAAGGGCCCCCUAGCGAUCAUGACCACCCUGAUUACGCGCCCUCCUUCGAAUUCUCAAAGCGUAAGGAGUUCUUCGGGCAGCGCAAGCAACGCGAGUUCAUCCCGGACAACAAGAAAGAUGACGGCUACUGGGACCGCCGGCGACGCAACAACGAGGCCGCCAAGCGCUCGCGCGAGAAGCGCCGCUUCAAUGACAUGGUUUUAGAGCAACGCGUUGUGGAACUCUCCAAGGAGAACCACGUCUUAAAGGCCCAGUUAGACGCCAUCAAAGAGAAAUACGGAAUCUGCGGUGAAAAUCUGAUCAGCAUCGAUCAAGUAUUAGCCACUUUACCCACUUGUGACCAAGUGUUAUGUGUCACGAAGAGGAGUAAGCUGUCAAGCAGUGCGCUGUUCCCGCCAGCGCCCCCACCACCGCCACAAGCUCCCCCAGCGCUUUGA